AUGGUGACGGAAGCCCAGUUCAAAGGCCUGAUGACCUUCUGGGAGGGCAAAAUCGCGGAGUGGUGCAAAGAUGGCGGAUGGAAGAAGCUUCACAAAUGGGUGACCGAGGCGAGCUCUGCCGCGGUCAUCGCGGACGGUAACCAGUGGGAGGUGUACGUGCCGCCGUUGGUGAUAUCCGCCAUGGAGGAAAUGGCAGCUCCGGCGGAUAUUGACCUGUAUCGACGGUUUGCCCGGAUCAAGCAGAACGACCCAAGAAUAGCGGCAAACGAUUGGUUUACGGGGUCCCACGAGCUUCCUCCCGAUGACAGCGAGCGUCGCUUGUCCCGCCCAUUCCCGCCGCUCCCCGCCCGCACCCGGGUGUCGCUUUCGCCCUCCCGCAGCACGAUGGCGACGACAUGGAGGUCGAUGAGUCGGGCGAGCCGGAAAUCAGCCCAAGGCCCACCUUGCCCCUCCCUCGUCCCCACACGAAGCCCGCGAAGACGGCGGCAAACCCGUCCAAAACCCGCCAUCCACGGUGCCGGUGCGGCGAAGAACACCAAGACGAGCGCGUCGAUCAAAGGGAAGGGCAAGGAGCGGGCCAUCACCAUCGACUCCGAUGCGGACGACGACCGGGAGCCUCAGCAGGUGGUCCCGAAGGCGAAAAAGGCCCCAAACAGCAGACCGCAGCCAAAGAGGCGGGUGGUCAGUGUCCCCGAGGUGGAAGUUGACAACGAGCCGGAACCAGCCUUGCCGAAGAAGCACACGAUGGCCGCCACCAACGCGAAGGGAAAGAAGCGAGCGGUCAGUAUUGCCGAAGAGGAAGAGGACGACGAGCCCGAACCGGCUGUGCCGAAGAAGACGACGAUGGCGGCCAGCAAAGGGAAAGGAAAACAGCGAGCUGAGAGUGCGGUCGCGGAAGAUCAAGGCGAACAGGCCCCACAGAGUGGUGUCAAGGUUCGGCCCAUCCUCAAGAAGGCAGUGUCGGAGAUACCGUCCGAAUCCGAGCCGGAUGUGACUCCAGGCAUGGACCUCGAGGACCGCAUCGAAAGCGCCCUCGAAGUCGACGAUUACCGCACCCUCGUGAAGAUUUGCAAAGCCGAGCGCGCCCGGAAGGCGGCUACGACUUGCGACGAGUGCUUCCGGAAGCAUAAGCCCUGUGUCGCCUUCGACGCGGACGUCCCAGAUGAGACGGAGGACGGGAAGUCCCGCUCACGAUCACGCACUCCGUCGGCGGUGAAGGCGAACCCUCGGAAGCGAGCCCGAUCUGUCGUCCGUCGCAAGCACGUCUUCCCGAAGAAGCACGCGCAUAACCCGCCGCCCGUCAAAGCGGCCCCGCAUCGUGUCCGAGCCCGUGAAGCAGACGCGCGGAAGGAGGUCCCCGAGUCAUUCCGCUGGACCAUCAAACAGUGGAACCCAAGGGGAGCGACCGCGGGUAGUGCCGGCCUACAUCGGUGUACCUCCAAAUCUUCGUUGGAGCAACAUGAGGAAUUUGUGGUGCUGGAAUCGUCGAGUGCCAUCUCGCGGGAGCUCCACAACUUGCGACAGGAGAACGUUGAGCUCCGACACAAGUACGAUGAGCUCCGGCGUGACUUCGACGACUUGUGCGCACACCUCGGUGUCGGUGACUGGGUCCACGGGACCGAUCCCCAGCGGGUCGAGGCGAGGUUUGAUCCCGAGCCAUUGCCGGGCGUGCCGCCAAUCCGCACCACCAUCGACAAUGACGUUGACAUGGACGAGGAGCCGGUGGCUCCCAAGGCCAUCAGGCUCUCCAUGCAACCCGACGACGCCGUGGCCGAGGAGCUCGACAUGGGUGUGGAGGAGGAGCCGAAGUUGGCCGCCGGUCCCGGCGCCAUCACCCUAUCCGGCCAGACGAACGAGGCCGAGGCGGACGGUGUCGACAUGCGGUCGGCGGAGGCAUCGAAGAUGGGAGAGGGUUCUCCGAACAGUCCCUCGCGGGGUUUGACUCCGUAUGUAGUGACGGCCACUCCCCCGGGCACUGGCCCCGAGAGCCCCAAGGUCUCCCGCGCGACCACAAAGUCGCCGGGCCUGGCGGAGGCCAACGAGGAUCGGACGGAUGAGGUCCUCAAAGACGAUCAAUCGAGACGGUGUCAGCACAGUCCACCCCCGGAACCGUCCGAGGCACCUCCCCCGCUUCCCGCUGGGCCCGGCGACGUCUCGGGCUGCACACCGAGUCGCGAAACCAGUGUAGACGAUGGGGCACAAGCUUAUCCUGAUCCGAUGACGAACAGCUCGCAAAGAACUGUGCCCGAAUCGACACAAGAAUCCAUCGCCGCAACGCCUGAUGCUCAGGCCACAAUUGACGACACAUCAGGUUCAAUGCAUGUAACGUCCGCAACCUUAGGUGCCAAGCCUGCCGAGGCGUCGGAUGCGUGGAAGGCCGUGGAAUCUCUCACUUUCAACAUCACGGAUAUCUUGCGAUCGGCGACCGAUAGGAAUUGGUUGGUGUAUGUGCCUCCCAUUGCCAUUUCCGCCAUGGAAGAACUUGCGAGCAAUGUGUCGGGCGAUUACAAGAGACGGAUGGACCGCAUUACAGUGGAUGACCCAAGGGUGUUCGGAAGCGGAUGGUAUUGUGCGACCCCGCCGCCGGGCAUAGCCGGUGCGGCCCUCAAGGUGCCCCCGACCAUGGGUCAUGCUCUUAGCGGAGCAGGGCAAUCCGCGACGGCCUCAGGGCCUGCCCAUGGAGUUUCCUUCGUGCUCCCUCACAUCGGCCUUGUUGCAAUGGACGAAAAUCAAUCGAAGGAACUUGAUGUUCGCCCGACACCUGGGUCAUUGGGGCGGAAUGGGCAGGGUGCGUCAAUGACACCACACUGGGAGUACCUGCAGGAAUCGGAGAAUGACGCGGACCAUGAUGCGGACAGCAUCGAUACCAGCGAGGAAGUGGACGAAUUGGAGGAGCUCGUGAUUCCGAAGGCUGGGAAGGCAAAGGGUCGGCGUCGGGCGGAGGCCUGCAAUCCCAUUGAUGACGAUAAUGAGUUGCAUGGCCCUCGUGUUCCGAGCGAGCGUGUUGCGAAGGGUCAGCAGCCGAAAGGAAAGCAGCGGGUUCAGGCUUCGAUGGCGAGCUCCUCAGGCCCUAACAAUGCAAAGCGCAGAUGGGUGCCUGCCUACAUUGGAGCGCUCCCGCCGAGGCAUGGUCUUCGGCCUGAGUAUGAAAGUGUACAGGGAGUCGAGCUGUUCGAAACCGCGGCCGAUGUCUCACGCGAAGUGCAUGACCUUCGGCAGGAGAACACAAAGCUUCAUGCUAUGCACGACAAGCUUCGUCUCGAUUUGGGGCACUGCGACAGCGUCUCAUGA